UGCAUGUGCAAUGCGGCUCUGCUUUGAUGCUCUGCUCAUCUGUGACAAGCCGAAGCCUUUGUGACUUCAUCAACAACCUUAUGAUGUACAAAGACAGUUUAAAAAUAACAGCCUUUGUGCGUGUGUGUGGUACCAUGUGCUUCUGCUAUCAAGUAUUUUGGGCGAAGGAACAAGCAACAUGGAAAAUACAAAUGCUUCCAGUCUGGACACCUACGUUAUGUCCUACAUUGACAAGCUCGUGAACAAUGUCACCAAAGAUCUCAAUGCCAACAAAGUUCGCCUUCUGUCGUGUCGCCCUGAGGAACGAGCCCACAUCAAGUGUAAAAUCAAGAGCCAGUUUGCUGUCCUGGAAUAUCUUCAGGGGAACCGAACAAAAAACAGCAAAAUUCAGCUGUGGGUCAGGAUUCGCACUCUGAAGACGAAGAUAAAGAUGUCUGAAAACCAAGAGAAGCACAAUGCUGACAAGUUGUGUGCUAACUGGAAGGUCAUCGAUGACCUGAGGAUGCAGCUUCGCCAAAGUCAGAGGAAGGAGAAAGAAAAUGCAGCGGUCACAGAGAAGGUAAUUCAAGAGCUCAGCUGCCAGCUGAGGGAACAACGUUUGACCAUUCAACGAUUGAAGGAGCAGUUUGUGAAGCACCUCAUUCCUUCCACCGAGCACCAGGAGGAGACCAUGACAUCGGCAGAGAUGGAGGACAAACUCCAAGCUGUGAGAGCAGCUGUACUCCGGUUGCAGGAUGCACACAAGGGCAACACGAGUUCUCCUUUCAUCACAGAGAGUGACCCCACCCCCACGCUAAACCUGCCAGAACCAGACAGGCACCGGAAUACUGAGACUUCUGUUUCAGAGAGCUGCAAGCAGAAACAGUGAUGGAAGAAGAUGGGACAGAGGUACGAAUGUUGGGUUUUCGUAGUAUCCUGGUUCUGUCAGUAUUAGCUGGAAUUAUGUGCUGUUUCUUCUCAUGGACCCUGGCAUACCUAAAUGCCUACAAACCAGGCAUGGUGCCACUAACAGGCUCGCUUUUGUACAGAGACACUGUGGAUCAAAGUUUGCACUUUGAUUAUGGUGUCGCUUUCCUUAACGGAGCCAUGGCAACACUGACAGUCAUCUGGAGCCUGACCUGACAAUAUCUGAUGGUGUUUAUGUGCUCAUAUACUGUGAACUAUAGGGGUGCCUGUGAAACUAAGUUUUUAGAAUACCAUUUCUAAUUUAUACCAUUAUUAUUGUUCUCCCCCCCAUUUACAGUAUAUGUAAAAUGAUAAAAUACACUGUCCAAAUAGUUUUUUUUGCAGCUUGACUCCAUAAUUCAAAAUAAUACAUAUCACCUUUAAACACACAAUAUCAACAUUGAGAACUAGUUGAAUUAGGUCCUGACGUUGAGCAGCUCAAACAUAACGUUGUUGCUUUUUGACGUUGAUUUGAAUAUAUAUACAUAUAAUUAUAUAUAUACAGUAAUAUAUAUACAUAUAUUAUAUAUAAAAGAUAAAUAUAAAUAUAUAUAAUAUAUAUAUAUAUAUAUUUGUAUAUAUAUAUAUAAUAUAUAUAUAUAUUAUAUUAUUUAUAUAUAUAUAUAUAUAUAUAUAUACAUUAUAUAUAUAUAAUAAUAUAUAUUAUCUAUCUAUCCAUUUUCUACCGCUUGUCCCUUUUGGGGUUGCUGGAGCCUAUCUUAGCUGCAUUCGGGUGGAAGGCGGGGUACACCCUGGACAAGUCGCCACCUCAUCGCAGGGAUAUAUAUAUAUAUACAUAUAGGCUCCAGCAACCCCAAAAGGGACAAGCGGUAGAAAAUGGAUGUAUGGAUAGAUAGAUAGAUAAUAUAUAUUAUAAUAAAUAUAUAUAUAUAUAUAAUAUAUAUUAUAAUAAAUAUAUAUAUAUAUAAAUAAAAGAAAGAGAGAGACACACCCACACACAAUGAGUUGCCUAAGCGACUGGACAGGACAGAUUUUUUUUUUUAAAGUUUUUAACUUGGGACGUCCCGUGGGCUGGAUGCAGCCCGCGGGCAGUAGUUUGGGGACCCCAAAUGUCAAGUACAGUAACAUGUGCUUUUGAAAUAUAAUUUUUUAUUCACGUCUAGGAAGAAAUUACUCGUUAAUUCAGGCACCUAAAAACAUUGAAUGUGUUCAUGCAGUCAAUGAUGAAAACGUUUAAGGUCAUAAAUUCACAUUCAGUCAUGAGAGUAAAUGCCCUUCGUGAUUCAGUCGAACAGUUUUUCUUGUGUGGAAUGAUUCUUUAAAAGUACAGUGGCACGUCAGUUAUUGUACGCCCAACUUUUCGUGGGAUUCUGUUUUUUGGCCACAAGUUUGCCACAGUUUUUGUAUUCCGUCUAAAUUGGUUAUCGUACAUUGCUUGUAAUAAAGAAUCUCACAUUGGUGA